CAUCCUGCAGAGGGAGGGUUUAGUUUUCUCGGGAGGUCAUGCUUUGGAGUUCAGGGAAGAACAUCAUCGGCAAAACUUUGGGUUUUGCUGCGGUCUUGCUAGUAGGAUUGAUAUUUGUCUGGGAAAUAUGAAAUUCAGAAUGGCGCGGAGAGGGAAGCAUUGCUACUCUGAGGUGGUUGGGAAUGAGAGCGGAGGCAAUGAUGACUGCCAACAAGAGCAUCAAGGCUUCUACCCGCACUGGAGGGAGUAAAGCACACCGGGACAUUCCGGAAAGGUGCCAGUCAGCAUCUCCCCCACCGAUUCUCAGCACUGGCCGAAGGCUUGUUCACCCCCUGAGUGACGGUGAGGAGUGUGUUGGGCAGGGUGGGUACAGCCAGGUUGAGAAGGGCAGGCUCCUUCACCUGAGGGACUGGGGCAACAGGAGCAGCAGCCUCCAGACCGGCUCCUCUCUCCGCUCCCACUUCCAGACCCAGAGCCGGCUCAUCAAGGCCCGCAGCAUCAGCUGCCUGGACAACAAGCUCUCCAUCUACAGACCGGUGGGGAGCGGGACCAGGGGCGGGCAAGAGCAGAAGGAGAACCGACGGGACAGGGGUUCAGCAGGGGGCGGCCUGAGCACCGGCCCCGUGGCCUGGAGCACCCUCUCCCUUGGCCCCGCUCCCUCCUCCCCUUCCCCCUCCCCCUGCACUUCGAGCCCUGCCCACCCCUCCGCCAUCCGCAGGAAGAUUUCGGAAUGGGAGUGCCGGCGCGUGGCUCUUCCUAGGAUGAGCCUGUGCCUGGAGAAGAGACCCGCGGGGGGCAGCGAGGGCUGUCCCAGCCUCCUGUCCUCCCCCUGCAGCGAUAAAACCUUUGAGCGCCAGGCCGUGCGCAGGACGAGCGCGGCCUUCUCCGAGUGCUCGUACCCGGAGACGGAGGAGGACGAGGGGGGCAGCGUGUCCGAGCGGGAGCCCACGGCCCGCCCCCGCACGGCGGAGCCCGCCGGGCUGUUCCUGCGCUCCCUCUCCUCCCGCAAAGAGACCUCGGCCGUCCUCAGCCGCAUCCAGAAGAUCGAGAAGGUGCUGAAGGAUAGCCCUGCGGAUGUGCCCCAGUACCCCAGCAGCUGCUACGCGCGGGCCCAGGACAGGACACCCCGCAGGGGCUCUGCUGGCGGCUGGGCGGGGGGCUCCGACAGCCCCAGCGUCAGGAGGAGCAGCGUGGGGUCGGGGACCACUGAGCUCAGCUGUUCCCCGGGUCUGGGCACCCCCUCCCGGACCAGGCAGAGGGGCAGCGUGGGCUCGGUGGAGUUGCCCCCCUCCCCCAGGACAGCAGGGGGCACCACCACCCCGGUCAACCCUGUGCCCAAACCCAAACGCACCUUUGAGUACGAGGCCAACCGCAAACAAGACUGUGCGUCGCCUAGCAAUGGCCUACCUCCCAGCAGCAGUUCUGAGUCCCCGCCCCCGCUCCCCUCCAGCCCUGCGCCCCCCACGAGCCAAACCCAGGAAGGGGGCUCCCACACCAGGGACAGGGAUUCGGGAGAGUCUGAGGAUGCGACCAGCCUCGGGUCCUCCCAGCUUGGCUCACCCAUGGAGAACGGUUCUGCCCCCACGGAGACGCGCAGCCGACCCGGCUCCAAAAGCACUUUAGAGGAGAACGCCUACGAGGACAUCCUGGAGUCUCAGAAGGAGAACCCAUACGAGGAUGUGGACCUGAAGGGCCGGGCAGGAGUACGAAAGUCCCGCCAGUUAUCCGAGAGCUCCCAGGAGGAGCCCAACAGGAUGUGGUCCCCCCAGGACAGGAAGUUUGGUACACCCCCCCAGCUGACAUCUAAGCCUAGCAGCCAAUCCCUGCGCCUCCCUGGUGCUGCAGACAGAAAGUGCCACCGUGCCGCCCGCCUGACCAAGCGGCACAGCCAUGACGACGGACUGCUCCUGCCCUCCUCCCGCGGCCUGCUGAACGACAGCCUCGGCACCGCCAGCAUCACGCUGGCCUCCUGCCCACACCGGAGGGUGCCCAAGCUGGUGCAGAGAAUUAACUCCAUCUACUGCACCAAACGUGGGAAGAAGAGACUGAAGAAGCUGUCUCUGUCCAACAUCGACACAGCCUCCCUGAGAGAUGACAACAGCGAGAGUGAGAGCGACUCGGAUGACAGGUUCAAAGCGCACACGCAGCGGCUGCAGAAGCUGCAGUCCCUGUUGCAGCGCGCCCCCAGCUACCGCACCCUGGAGCUGCAGCUGCUGGAGUGGCAGGAGCGAGAGCUCUUCCAGUACUUUGUGGUGGUGUCCCUGAAGAAGAAGCCUGCCAAGAGCUCCUACACCCCUGAGGUCACCUACCAGUUCCCCAAGCUUGAGAGGCCCACAAAGCAGAUGAGGGAGGCAGAGCAGCGCCUUAAGGCCAUCCCCCAGUUCUGCUUCCCUGACGCCAAGGACUGGAGCCCAGUGUCUGAGUACAGCAGUGAGACUUUCUCCUUCAUGCUGACUGGAGAGGAUGGGAGCAGGCGGUUCGGAUACUGCAGAAGGCUGCUGCCCAGCGGCAAGGGGCCCCGCCUCCCGGAGGUCUACUGUGUGAUCAGCCGGCUGGGCUGUUUCCACCUGUUCUCCAAGAUUUUGGAUGAGGUGGAGAGGCGCAGAGGCAUUUCGGCCGCCCUGGUAUAUCCCUUCAUGCGGAGUCUGAUGGAGUCGCCUUUCCCUGCCCCAGGAAAGACCAUCAAAGUGAAAACCUUCCUGCCUGGAGCUGGGAAUGAGGUGAUGGAGCUGCGGAGGCCUUCGGAUUCUCGGCUGGAGCACGUGGACCUGGACAGCCUGUUCAGCUGCCUGAGCGUGCGGCAGGUCGUGCGGGUCUUCGCCUCGCUGUUGCUCGAGCGCAGGGUCAUCUUCGUGGCCGACAAGCUCAGCACCCUGUCCAGCUGCAUGCAUGCAGUGGUGGCCCUGCUGUACCCGUUCUCCUGGCAGCACACGUUCAUCCCCGUGCUGCCCGCCUCCAUGCUGGACAUUGUGUGCUGUCCCACCCCCUUCCUGGUGGGCCUGCUCUCCAGCUCACUGCCCAAACUGAAGGAGCUCCCUGUGGAGGAGGUUCUGAUGGUGGACCUGGGAACAGAUCGAUUCAUCAGACAGAUCGAUGACGAGGCCACUUUGUUACCACGGAAACUUCAAGCUGCUCUGGAGCAGGCUCUGGAGCAGAGGAAUGCCAUCAUCAACCAGGACUCAGACAGCGAAUCAGAUGAAGAGUGCAACUCCCUCAACAGCCUCGUGUCUGAGGCCUUCAUCCGCUUCUUCCUGGAGACGAUCGGCCACUACUCGCUGUUCCUCACGCAGAAUGAGCAAGGGGCGCGGGUCUUCCAGCGCCAGGCCUUCCGGAAGUCCGUGGCAUCCAAGAGCAUCCGCCGCUUCCUGGGCGUCUUCAUGGAGUCGCAGAUGUUCGCCGGAUUCAUCCAGGACCGCGAGCUGCGCAAGUGCCGGGCCAAAGGCCUCUUUGAGCAGCGGGUUGAGAUGUAUCUGGAGGAGCUGCCUGACACAGAACAGAGUGGGGUCAACAAGUUCCUCAAAGGGCUGGGAAGUAAAAUGAAGUUUCUUCACAAAAAGAACUAAAGAAAACAUAUCCUACUGUACCUUUUGGCCAAAAUGUUAAAGACUGUGGACUCAAGACCAGAGAAACCAAACACAUCUAUUCUCUAGAGAAUUUAUUUUGAGUUUGGUUGGAACUUUAAAAUUAUGUACAUAUCACACCAUAAACUGCUGGUGAUCAUUUUAAAAUGAGUAUUUUUGUUAGGCCUAUGGUAACUUGUAGGUAUGAAUUGAAAUAAGGGCUUGACAUAUGAUAGGACAUAUACUAGAUAACAGAUGGUACCAAACUAAAGUGCAUUUGACUGUUUCAGAAUAACCACUCACUUUACAGAAAGCUUGUGAGGCUCUGAUCAGGUGCAGAGAAAAGGGAACGAGUCCCCUUAGCGUUAGUCUGUAUGCUGUAGUGUGAGAGGUCAGUGUGAUGUUGCUUUAAGUAUGUUUUAUGUAUUGCUGUUAGAUUGCUUUCCUUCAAUGGAAUGAGGUACUUUAAAAUGAGAAUCCUGUGCAUUCAAUAGCUGAGUCUUUUGUACAUGCAUAAAUACACAUGAAGAAAUUAAUGUCUUAACAUCUGUGAUUGAUUGCUUUGUCAGUUAUGUAAAAUUCAAAAUAAAAUGUGCAAAGCUGAA